GCACAAUUACGUAUAACAAACUACGAGGAGGCAGUGUCAAACUGUCAUUCGAACUCGAACAGACUAAGUGGCGCUACUGGUAGUAUGGAAAUUAGUAACAACCAAGAUGGCUGGCACCAACUCGAAUUUACUCAGUGAUAGCCCGACAAAGAAAGAGGACGAAUUCAAUGAAUUUUACACCGAAGUGAAAGAAAUUGAGAAAAGGGACUCGGUACUAACGCCUAAGCAACAAAUCGACAGAUUGCUGCGACCAGGAUCAUCGUAUUUUAAUUUAAACCCUUUUGAAGUGUUACAAAUUGACCCAUCCACUUCCAUAGAUGAGAUCAAGAAGAAAUACCGACGUAUGUCAAUUCUUGUGCAUCCUGACAAGAAUCAAGAUGAUGCAGAACGUGCACAGCAAGCAUUUGAAAUCGUCAACAAAGCAUGGAAAACAUUGGAGAAUGAGGAGACCAGGGCCAAAUGUAUGGACGUUAUUGAAGAGGCAAAAGCCAGGACUGAUCACAUGAUUGCAGAGAAAAAGAAGAAAAUGAAAAAAGAGGGAAAAGCAGAGAAUACAGCUGUACUGGAAGAAGAAACAGAGGAAGGCUACAGACACGCAGUUUGGGUUAUGACGAUGAAACUGUUCGCGGAUAUGGAGAGAAGAAGAAGAGAACUGGCAACAAGAGACGCAGAGCAACGGAAGAGGAAACGAGAGGAGGAACUGUCUGCUGAGGCACAGGCUGCGUUAGAACGUGAGUGGCAAAAGAAUUUCGAGGAAUCCCGACAAUCAAGAGUCGACAGCUGGAAAGCUUUCCAGUCUGGUUCGAGCGCGACGAAACAAAAGAAGGCGAAAAAGUUGAAAGCUUUUAGGCCUCCGAAAACGAAAGCCGAGUCGCGAUAAUUAAUCAAUUGUUCCUGACGCCUGACUUUUUUCGAUAUAGUGUUCUUUUCUUUUUCACAUUUCUUGCAAGAGAAAUUUAGAGUUCUCACUAUGUGACAUCAGGAUUCUAUUAAACCUAAUCGAAACUAUUCUCACUUGACAUUUUUCCUUUUUCGUUCGAAUAUUGUGAAAAUCGGGUGUCAAAUUAGGGAAUGAGUUGUAAAUGAGUAUAAGAAUGAUCAAUGUAUGCGUCUUCUAAGAGUAAUUGUCUGAUGAAUGUACAUGUAUUAUACGAACGUACAUAUGUAAUCAUGCUGUACGUACAUGACCCGAACAAGGUUAUUCUUAAAACCAUGACCCGAUCAUAUUUGUAUUUCGAAAUUCUAAUACAUGAAAUACUUACUGUAUUAUGCAUUAGUGCAUGGGCACUGUCAAUUUCACGAUACGAUUAUACACAGAAACUAAGCAUAUUAUUUAUACGACUCGUUAUGCGAUAAGAAUUGGCAAUUCCACGCAUUUAUACGCUGAAGUAUGAACAUUUCGUUAAAAAAAUGUAAAAGUCCGUUAUAAAAUGAAAUCGGCGCUCUGACGGAAGAGCAAACUUUCAUUUAUAUAGUUCGUCACGUAAUUCUUAAUCUACUUUAAAACAAAGUCGUAUGUUCUCUACUUACGUAAGACGGAUCGAGUCGACUCUCGGGUUUCUUUCUUCUUAUAUCAAUUAAUUCACUUUCACUCAAAUUAUCUAUUUUAUUCUUCAAUCACGACACGUUCGCUGCAUCAGCAUUCCGAAUUUCAGCCGGUCGCCAUAUGUACUGCGCGCGAGACCUGCGCAGACGGCAAGUAUCGAUCGUAUCGAUUGUUGGAUUCAAAUUGAGGGAACAUGAGCACAUCGAUUUUUGUUAGUAUCGUACGAUCAACAAUAAGGUAGUCAAUCGUUGAACAUCGUUAACCUUUAACGGACCAUGUGAUUAUGACUCCUGGUUUUCAUUAAAUAAUCCAAUAACGAAUAUUAUAUCUCGACAUACACUCGGUCCAAUCGUAAUUUGUAAGAGUCAAAUUUCAAGUCACUUCAAAUAGUCUUAAUUAAUAUGAAAGUCAAUGUCGUACAAGUGAUGAGCGAGAGGAUGGAUGUGUGAACACGCGUGUGUAAAGGACUGGAUGAUGAGGUAAAAUUUUUAUUAAACAUAUUCGAUCGGAUAAGAUUUAAUUCUAGUUUUUAUUUCUUUUUUAUUUGUAACAUGGGUUUUUUUAUGAUGCCAUAGAUUUAAUCAAUUUACAUACGUAACGUUAACGAUCUGUAUACACUGAGCAAUGCGCUCGGUUAUACCUGGAUGUAUACUAGAAAAAUAAUUUCUUGUUUUAUCCACGUACAUAUAAUCGUGAAAUCGUUUUUGGGUAAACAAUUUGUACACAAUUGCUGAAAUGAUUAUCGACAAUUUGUAUCAUUCUUUAUUUUGUUCACUCGUCUGUUAUUAAUGUAUUCGAUUGUAUAUUAUGACGUCCACGAGAUAUAAAAUGUAAAUACAUA